CCGAAUUGCGGGCUGCAGUUGCACCCUUCUCACCUUUGGAAAGCUCUCACUGACAGUUUUAACAGGCAGACAAAGUUCCAACAUGGCAGCAACGGGGGACGCAGAGGAGACUCAGUUGCAAGAGAUGGAGGAAGAGACAGGGAUGGAAAAUGAAAUGGAUUUAGAUGAAGAGGAGGGUUUGGGAAUUGAAAAUUCCGACGAUGAAAUAGACGAUUCAUCAGAAGACGAAAAUGAGAAUGAAGCCGAAAUUCAGCGUUUGGAGGAGCAGGUACGUUAGCAAAUUUAGCUAGCUAAGCUAAUUUACUCUAGCUAGCUAGAUUUGAGAAAUUAAUGGAAUCCUAGCUAGCAAUUUAUCUAACGUUUGAUGUCAACUAACAACGUUGUCUGUUACAUUGAGAUUUGAAAGCAAUCCUCUACACAUCACAAACAGCGAGUUGGCUUGUUUGCAGACUUGCACCGCUAACAUUGAAAAGAAAGCUAGCUAGCGAGCUAACGUUAGCUUGCAUGCUACUAUUAGCCAGCUAGCUUCGUUGGAGUAACGUUGACUAGGUAACGUUAACGUACUAGCAAAUGUUGCCUCAUUAUAUAACUAGCUAGCCAGCUAGCAUGUUACCUAGCCACAAUGAUAUAAUGUUUGCGAAUUCAGUAAAUAUCAAAUACGGAUUUCUAGGCAGUUAGCUAGCUGGUUACAUUGGCGUUAGCUAGUCAGCUAAUCAAUGCUUUCUGCGAAGUUGAUUCCCCAACGACAACGUGCUUGCAGCAGCUGUAAACACGCGCCCUUUUUUCGCGAGCUGCAGCUAGUAAGCUAGCUAGACAGCAACAACAUUGAACAGUCAAGCUAUUUGGUUGAUUGCACAAACAAUACUUAUUACACAAGUAAAAGUGGUGGAGUCCUGUUUAGCUAGUUACGUUGUAUAUUUGUUUGCUAACCAAAGACAAUCUGUAAAUGCACCCCAAUGGUUGUUGGUCUGACUGUUCUAUACUCUCUCUGUAACUUUCAGCUGUCCAUCAAUGCUUUUGACUACAACUGUCAUGUGGACCUCAUAAAACUCCUGAGGCAGGAGGGGGAGCUGCCUCGGCUGCGUAAGGCAAGGCAGAAGAUGAGUGAGCUCUUCCCACUCACUGAAGGUUGGUUGGUGUCUGAUGGCCUCUGGAGAUGCUGCGUUGCAUCCGGCUUUAUGCAUUACAACUUCUAUGAUUGAGCUGAAGUGCUUCAUGCAGUAGACUGGAUGACAUCUAAGACUCGUUGAAGAUAGGUCUGCUGCUCCUUUUGUUGUGAUUGAUUGUCCUUUUAUGGAUGAUGAUGAUUUAAUCAUUUGGAACAAGGUUUACUGUUUCAUCACAUUCCUGUGGAAAGUUGUGAUGGUUUCAUUGUUUUGAACAUACUGAAUGUUAUUGUGAACUGUAUGCAAAGCUGACUUGUCCUCUCCUGCAGAGAUUUGGCUGGACUGGCUCAAGGAUGAGAUCCGCCUAACAGAGGAGGAGCCGAACCGGGAGAAAGUCUAUGAGCUCUUUGAGACGGCUAUGAAAGAUUAUAUCUGUGAGUUCUGCCCCCACUCAUUGGCUUGUGUUACGAUUCUAUAUGAUGUGAUGUUAUUGUAAACUAAACAUUGCAAUUAUUGUGUGGCCUUCAGGCCCAGAAAUCUGGCUGGAAUAUGCCCAGUACUCUAUCGGGGGCAUGGGACUGCCUGGUGGGAUGGAGAAGGUGAGGUCUAUCUUUGAGAGAGCCCUGACAGCUGUGGGGCUGCACAUGACCAAGGGGGCGACAGUGUGGGAGGCCUACAGGGAGUUUGAGAACGCCAUACUGGUAACUGUUCAGGUGAGCUCCCCUGAAGAAUAAUGAUCUCAAGUAGCUGCAACAUGCUACUAAUUUCUCUAUACCUCCCCAUGUCUUUAUCUGUAUGGGUGUUUUGUAAGGCUCGGAAUUGCUUAACGUUAUCACGUUACUUAGGUUUCGAUACUGUGAUUUUAUUGCGAUUCGAUGUUCCAAACAUAUUGCUCACCGUAUGUCUGCUGCAGAGGGACAAGAGAGCCAUGAGAAAAAUAUAUAUAUUUUUUGAUCAGUCAUGGAAAUAAGUGCUGAAAACAAAUUGGCUCCCUAUUUGAAAAGAAGAUGGAGAACAAGCUAUGAAGGAAAAAUACUGCAGUUUUGGUGCACGUACAGCAAACUAGCGCAAAAAUUAUUGCGAUAUUGUCAAUAUGAUAUGAUGUAUUGUCUAAAAUUAUAUGCCGAUAUGUAACUGUAUCGGUUCCCCCCCCCCAAUCACUAGUGUUUUGUAUAAGAUCAUCUGCUAAAUUAAUGAUGGUAGAUUUUCCUUAUCUGAGUAUUGGGCAGAAACAAAACAAAAAACACAUGAUUUGAACUCAAUCUGAUAUUACACAAACCAGUCUCUAUGCUGGAUUUUGACUCAGUUUUCUCUCCCUGCUUUCUCCUCAGCCUCCCCCUGGCAGCGUUCCCACCUGUGAGCAGCAGGAGCUUCUGAAUGCUCAGCUCGAGCGCAUCCACACUCUGUUCCGCCGCCAGCUGGCCAUCCCCUUAAUGGGUAAGGCUCUUCCUGCUCCUCUCUGGAGGGCGUGCUGCAGUGUUUCCUCUGGAAAAUGUGUUAGCUGUGGGGCUAAACUUAGCGGGGGUGGGGGGGCCGUUGAUGGAGAGCCGCAUGCAGGCGGCUAGAUGCUCUCCCUGCAGUCUGUUCCUCAAGUCUGUUUUGACCUGAAAUAACAGAAAGAAAAAUAAGAGAAGGGAGAGGGACAAAGAGGAUCUACUUUCACAUUUAAAUUCCUCUUUCUCAUUUCAUUGCAGAGAAGUCCCUCUCACAAUUAACAGAAGACACUGGUAUAGUCAGUGCGAUUGCUGCCAGCUGGCUAAGGCAGGGGUAGACUGCCCCCACUCAUCAAACUGCGAGGCCAGCUUUGUCAUUGCAGUCAGCUGGUCCAACCCCUGAAAUACAUUAAAAACAAAAAGAUGUACAACAUUAAAGAAUAGCCAACAGGGUGGUAGUUCAACAGGAAAAAGUUAUCUUCAAAAGAUUGUCACACUCAUGCCAUACCAUGAAAGCUCCAACUAGCACAUGUUGCUUGUAAGAGGGCCACUCUUGCAGCACAGCAGCCACUGGUGCUGGCAAGAACUGCCUGGAGAGGAGGGUCAGGUUAAAGGUGUUUAUCCUCUCACUAGAGAACGCAGCCUGAGGUCCCAACACACUGAAGGCCUCCAGAAUCUCCAGGUGUUGGAACCUCCGGUCUAGGCUGUCCUGGAGGCCAACAAGAUAUGGAUCCAUGACCUAAUUACAGCACAAAACAGAAAAUAAGUGAUUAAUAGCUGUUUUGUUUUAGUUUAUCUAACACACAUGAUGUAAUAUUGGUUUCAUCACAGCAUUUGAAAACAAAUGUUUUUACCUGCUCUCUGAACUGAGCCCAGAACUGCUCCCUGGUCUUGGUCUUCUCCAGCUGGCCUCUCCUCCUCCUAGAUGUUGAAUGCGCCCAGACCCAUUGAGUCAUCAAGGUCCUGGUGGAGUUGGCUCAGAAAUGACCCCGGAGGCUGGGAAUCACCAGAAUUGGAGAGGAGUGAUGCCAUUGUCGCAGGGACCUACAACACGAGUUGUUUUGCUUUAAGUUAUUAUAAUGAAGUGUCAGUAGUUCUUAAAUAUUUCAUUGAGUAGUGCUGUCCUGUGACUCUGUUAAACUGAAACAUUUGCACACGUUUGAACAUGAAGAUAGAAAAGAAUGUACCUGCUCUUUUAUGGCCGGGAAGUUUACAUCCUCCUUUUGGAAUACUUUUAAAAGCCGCGUAGGUGAGGCAGCACGUCCGCCUGCAGGUAAAGUGCUGCCACAAAUCUUAGUUAGAAAAGUUUGUCACUUCACAAUGAUACAUCAAUUGACAAUACAAAACAGGGUUUAAAAGCCACAUUGUGGACCACUCAAAUAGAGUUUUGAGACACUGAACGCAGUAAUAGCAACAUAGUACAUUAUUUAAUUUGGAGUCCACUAUAAUCUAUAAUACAUGUAGGCCUACCUGUACGUGGCACAGAAAGCGUAGAGGCCCUACGCAGUUGGGCACCGGUUCACCUCCACCUCCUCAGCCAAUGCAGCCAACACUGAGCUGAGGUUUCGCUGAAGAUUAGCCACGGCCAGGUGCUGGGACAGCCAGCGAACAUCCUUUACUUCCUGCAAAAUACAUUUAUUUUGAGUGUAGAUGCAGUAGGUAAACAAGAUGAGACCAGAGUAUCAAAGUGAAGAAAUGUGAUGCAUAAUCUCACCUUCACUUUUAAGUACUGAAUGCCCAGGGUCGCUGAAGCAGCUUUCAAGACUUCUGUCUUGUUACUGCUUUUGGCAAAGUAACUAUGGAGCUGCUGUAGCUGCUCCUUGAAAGUGUCCAUAUAGGGGACCUCAGCUGAUGCAUCUUUACAGCAAUAUUAUAGAUCUAAUUGAUGUUAGUAGAGUUUUUAGGUUAUAGCUAGCUUAUGUAGUUAACUAGUUGGCUAGCUAACGUUAGUCAAACAAGCUAACGUACCUUUGUUGCAAUUUCUCACGCAGGUGCACUCUGAAGUGAUUCAAGUGAAUUGUUUCGGCUGCAGAGGGUCUGCAUCGAGCACUGGUCACUGGGCUAAAUAACCUUCAGAACUGUGUUGAACCCAGACAGAUGAUCUAUUUACCAAGAAAAGCAAAUGUGCUUUACAGAACUUUAUUGAAACGAUGUUUGGUAGAAAUAGGAUGUUGCUUUUGGUGUGGCGGCAAUGAUUCUGCCGUGGCGUAGCACCACACUUAAAUGAACACAGAGGAAACACUGGGGUGCUGUAUAGAGGGGAGGAGAUUUGGUUGGGUGGAAUAGCAUGUCCUUGAGAGUCCAUCGUGGCAGACUUGGGAGGUACCCAUCGCAAAGACCUUUUCAGGAUAGAUGUGGAGAGCCAGUGCAAUGUCAGGAGAGUUGCAGAGUGUUGCUUUCUCUUACAAUGUGGCUUUUGAAAGACUAAACAGAGGUUUACAGCAAAAGCACUCCUCCUCACCAGGCCCAGUAAUGUGGUCCCUGACCAACCUUUCAUCCAAAUGCAGGACUGGCCAAGAGAUAGAUGGUCUGGCAUUGUCUGCUGCCUUUUUUCUGGUCCGGCUGAAUGGCCACCGGAGGCAUUUCUGGAACGGCUAAUCCCGUCUCUCUCUUCUAUGACCUGUGCCAACGCUCAGUGUAUAAUCCCUCCUUAUCUACGGCCUGUCAGUCAGUGUUUUGUACCCCCACAAGAUGAUGGCAAAAAGAAAACCGGUUAAGCAUUUACAUGGCUGUGUGUUAUUGGUCAAAUGAGGACGAACUCAACAUUUCAAAAGCCAAUAUCCCAGUAAAUGAGUGUCAUGGCUUUCAUUAAUCUGAUGACUGUUUUAUCGAAUCAACUAACUAUAGUUUAAUAGUCACUCGAUUUAAAUUAAUAAUGUAACAAUUAACUCAUUAGGAUUUUGGGGCACCACGGAAGAAGUUGUUUAACGAGUUACCAUUUCCCUAAUUAAACUCUUAGAAGAUAUAUCGAUAAGUCACAAAUCUAAUCAUUACCUCAUAUCCGUCUCAUUCUGAACGUCGCAUAAUCCUUGAACCUGCAAGAACCCUAACCUUAUUGAUGAAUCAGCAAUACACAAAUUGGCUUAAUUGUUUAUUUACUAACUAAAUAAUAACACAGACUACAUAAACACACACACUGUAUAUGUUAUUGAUUACUAACGUAAUACAAUGAAAACAAGUCCCUAGUAGACUAACAGCAUGACUGCUGGGUUAGGGGAAGGAGGGGUCAAUAGAAAGAGAGUGAAAGGGAGAGACAGAGAUUCAACUUAUCGUUGUUACGUUUGGAAACCACCGCUCAUUCGGAUAAGAAAUGCAAUGCAUAUUUACGCGUAGCUGUCCUUGAUUGUCAUUUCUCUGUUGAACCACUUUCUCAAAAAGGGUUUGAGUGUCCUAUCCCACUUCGGUGCGACUCGGCUUGUCUUCGAAUGGAGUGUUCGUUAGAAUAGAUACUUCAGAUGUACCAACGGUUGUCUCGUGUCUUUAGUGAAAGUUCUAGACUACUUUACAUGCCAGCUGCAGACUGGUAAUGCUACGGUCUAGUGAGUUUCUUCUUCUUGUGUAGAGAUUGAGAGUUUCAGAGUUUCUCACCAAUUCAACAAUUCUCUCAUUAGAAGGCUAAAAUCACAUUGCUAUCUUAACCAAAAUACUCUCAUACUUAAUCAUAUAUUUUAUACAACAUUUAGAUGUAAACUUGACAAGUAGAAUAUGUACACUUUCUGAGUUAUAGUUAUUUCUUGAUACCAUCCUUAAUGACAAUCACAAAAUAAACAAUAUGACAUGAUUAUUCUUUAGAUCCCCACUGACCAUUCCAAACAUUUGGAUGUCAGAAAUAAUCCAAUGUCCAAGCUUUUGACGUUAGUUUUUAGGCGGGCCACACUCUCUUGACAAAGGCAUUCCUUUGGUGGAUAAUGUCUCCUGAGUGGCGCAGUGGUCUAAGGCACUGCAUCGCAGUGCUAACUGUGCCACUAGAGAUCCUGGUUCGAAAUCCAGGCUCUGUCGCAGCCGGCCGCGACCGGGAGACUCAUGGGCGGCGCACAAUUGGCCCAGCGUCGUCCAGGGUAGGGGAGGGAAUUGCCGGCAGGGAUGUAGCUCAGUUGAUAGAGCAUGGCGUUUGCAACGCCAGGGUUUUGGGUUCGAUUCCCACGGGGGGCCAGUAUAAAAAAAAAAAAAUGUAUUCACUAACUAAGUCGCUCUGGAUAAGAUGACUAAAAUGUAAAUGUAUGAAAGGCAGAGAGAGAAAGUUUCUCUCCUGCUUAAAUUUACGACCCAGUGUUAAGGUGUCAAGACGCCCCCCUUCCUCUCUUCUGUGGGUGAGAGGGGGUCUGGCUAUCUUCAAACAUUUGCCUAGCUGAUGGGUCCUUUGAUCCACUGUCAGGAGAGUCAUGAGAUUAGAAACUUUUGGUGUGUCUCCCUUCAAGUAAUUGUAAUAAACGCACAGGAUCCUUUUUAUAUAAUCACCUACAUUCUAAUCCACACUUAGAAUGUGUCUGGCUGUGGUAUGCAUAUUCAGGGUUGAGUGUGAAAGGUUUCUCCUAAUGAUAACUGUGAUCUUUUGCAGACAUGGACGGAACAUAUGCAGAGUAUGAGGAGUGGUCUGACCAGGGGGUGUCUGAUACAGUCUCCCAGAAGUAUAAGAGAGCCCUGCAACAGAUGGAGAAGAGCAAGCCUUAUGAGGAGACUCUGGUACUUACCUAGAUUGUAUUCUAGUCUGGACAUUUAUACCAUACUGUUUGUUUUGGAAGGAUUUAAUGGAUUUUAAGCAUUCAAUUCGAUUGCACUGCCUAGAAAGUAGCAGUAGAUUAGUAGUAAAGUUAUGUAUAAUUUAAAGUAUUAUGUGCUUAAGCAAAUGUCUUGCUUUUUUCUAUGUGUACCUCUGAAAUCUCUGUGUGACUCUGUAUGUGUGAGUCUGUAUUCUAGACAUGGUCAUCUGCUCAAUGCCUUUCAUAUGCCAACGUUUGUGUUGCAGAUGAUAGCCGAGCCGCCCAAGCUGGCAGAGUAUCAGACCUACAUUGACUAUGAGCAAAAGGAGGGUGACCCAGCACGGAUCCAGAUCAUCUUUGAGCGGGCACUGGCAGAAAACUGCCUGGUACCAGACAUGUGGGCAAAGUACACCAAAUACCUGGUGAGCCUCAUUUUAAUUACUCACAGCCAGCCGUCUCCCUCUCUCCAGCAGCUCCUGAAAUGUAUCAUGGGCCUUUUUAAUAUCUUUAAUGGGAUGGUAAUGAGAUGCUGAGAUCGCAAACACAGACAUCGAGUAAUUCAUCAGAGCCUGGGUGUUUCACUAGUUUGAUGAAAAAAACUACUUUUAAUCAUAUGGUUCCUAACCUGUAAUCCAGUAGGCUCUCUUUCAGAAUCCCAGUUUUGGCCCUUGCUGUGUCUCACAUAGGAACCCAGGCUCAGCAGCUAUAGCAUUUAAGGAAAUAAAGAAGGUCAUCAAGGUAGCUAUAUGCUAUGGAAGUGCUGUGAUUUAAAUCUAGUCGUCUCCUGCAUAUACUCAGGGAAGUGAUUACAUUGGAAGUGUGAUUUAACUGAAUGAUAUGCUUCCACACAUUAAUCAAAUUAUGACACUGCCUAAUGGAGUUUGGCAGUAUAUUAUUCCUUGUGCAGCAUUGUGAAAACAUCUACACCAGCAACAUAUCUACAGAGGUGUGGAAUAUCAGUAGCUGCCGUAGUGAAACAUUUCUGCUAUCUCAUGGUUGCACCUAACACUUUUUUUUUGUCAUUAAUAUCACCCAGGUAGAAAUGAUAGAUUUGCUGUCUUUGAAUUCCUUGUAAAUAGUGUUGCACGCUGUACCGAAACUUGGGUACUUUUUCGAUACUAUAACAUGAAAAAACAUUUCGGUACUAGAAUUUGUUACUUUCGAUUCUUCUAUCAAAUGUGUCUCACUUCCUAUACUGACUGAGAGGAUGAAGUCUGUAGUAAUUUGCCAACCGGGCCAGUAACUUUCAGCGCAUUUGGCGUUCCAGUUUGACUUUUACACGCCCUGUAAAAGUCCAAUAGAAAACUGCUGGUGCACCGCAUUGUUGCGAUUACACACGGAAAACUUGUGCUAUAUUUGAGCAAUAUGAUUGGCCGUUCAUUCAAGCACCACCACGCUUGACGCGAGUCACAAUUUUUUGAGCAGUACAUGGGUGAGUCGAUCAAUCAAUCAUUCAAUACCCCCCCCCCCCCCCCCCCCCCCCCCAAAAAAAAAUAAAACGAACUCACAUGUCCUUUGUGAACUAAGACUCACACUUUACUUUUGUCCCCCUACUAGCACUGACUUUGCUGAUGGCUACUUUAUUUAUGAACAUUUUACUUAAUAUGACUGAGAUGUGGUUGGCUCACCUAGCUAUCUUAAGAUGAGUGCACUAACUGUAAAUCGCUCUGGAUAAGAUCGUCGGACUAAAUUGUAAAUGUAAAAUAUAAUGCACGUGGGCUGUCCAGACUAGCAAAAAAAAUAAACACAUAAAUCUACUCGCUGACCUUAUUUUGAGGGAAAGUGAUUUACAAAAGUGAACUUUCAAUAGUGAAUAUAGUUGAAAAUUAGCAAUAAGCUACUGUUGAUAGUAUACAAAAAGACAGCUCUACAAAAAUAUACCUACCAUUCGUCUUGGCUACUGCAGCCUCUCUUUUGAGAAGCAGUUAAGAAUUUAGUCAACAAAUGUAUCAAUUUCUAUUAUAUGUAAAUAGUUUAGGAUCAGUGAAUGCCAUAAUGUAGUUAUUAGAUACUUCUCCCUAUUAGCUGUAAUCAUAUUUUUUCAAAGCCAUUUUUGCUGCCGUGCUAGCUGUUUUGGGCCGAACAGAUUCACAAAUCAUGGGGAUUUGUCGCGCAAUGCAGAUGUUGACUCCCUCUGAGACACGUGUUGCUAGGCAACCCCCCUUUACUUGCUGGGACAGGCUUGUUCCCUCCGUGCCUAAUGCCAGUGUGAGAAACUUGCUAUCAAUUGUUUGUGCUAUGAAUAUGAAACAAAAUAAAUACUGCACUCUGACCCACAACUACUUUGCUAGAUUGAUGAUAGUGUUAGACAAAGCAAGGAAAGUGAACUUCAAAAAUGUGCUGUAGUUUUCUUGGAAUUUGCAGCUGUUGUUGGUAAGUAAUGAGUCUGAGUAUUGGGAUAUAUAUAUAUAUAUAUAUAUAUAUAUAUAUAAAUAAAUAAAUAAAUAAAUAAACUCAGCAAAAAAUAAAUGUCCUCUCACUGUCAACUGCAUUUAUUUUCACCCUCCGAUCCAACAGUUCCCAGACGUGCUCAAUGGGAUUGAAAUCCGGACUCUUCGCUGGCCACGGCAGACCACUGACAUUCCUGUCUUGCAGGAAAUCACGCACAAAAUGAGCAGUAUGGCUGGUGGCAUUGUCAUGCUGGAGGGUCAUGUCAGGAUGAGCCUGCAGGAAGGGUACCACAUGAUGGAGGAGGAUGUCUUCCCUGUAACGCACAGCGUUGAGAUUGCCUGCAAUGACAACAAGCUCAGUCCGAUGAUGCUGUGACACACCGCCCCAGACCAUGACAGACCCUCCACCUGCAAAUCGAUCCUGCUCCAGAGUACAGGCCUCGGUGUAAUGCUCAUUCCUUCGACGAUAAACGCGAAUCCGACCAUCACCCCUGGUGAGACAAAACCACGACUCGUCAGUGAAGAGCACUUUUUGCCAGUCCUGUCUGGUCCAGCGACGGUGGGUUUGUGCCCAUAGGCGACGUUGUUGCUGGUGAUGUCUGGUGAGGACCUGCCUUACAACAGGCCUACAAGCCCUCAGUCCAGCCUCUCUCAGCCUAUUGCAGACAGUCUGAGCACUGAUGGAGGGAUUGUGCGUUCCUGGUGUAACUCGGGCAGUUGUUGUUGCCAUCCUGUACCUGUCCCACAGGUGUGAUGUUCGGAUGUACCGAUCCUGUGCAGGUGUUGUUACACGUGGUCUGCCACUGCGAGGACGAUCAGCUGUCCGUCCUGUCUCCCUGUAGCGCUGUCUUAGGCAUCUCACAGUAUGGACAUUGCAAUUUAUUGCCCUGGCCACAUCUGCAGUCCUCAUGCCUCCUUGCAGCAUGCCUAAGGCACGUUCACGCAGAUGAGCAGGGACCCUGGGCAUCUUUCUUUUGGUGUUUUUCAGAGUCAGUAGAAAGGUCUCUUUAGUGUCCUAAGUUUUCAUAACUGUGACCGUAACAGCUUACAGACGGUAGGCAAUUAGUGUCUUAACAACCGUUCCACAGGUGUGUGUUCAUUAAUUGUUUAUGGUUCAUUGAACAAGCAUGGGAAACAGUGUUUAAACCCUUUACAAUGAAGAUCUGUGAAGUUAUUUGGAUUCUUACGAAUUAUCUUUGAAAGACAGGGUCCUGAAAAAGGGACAUUUCUUUUUUUGCUGAGAUAUAUAUAUAUAUACACACACACACACACACACACAGUACCAGUCAAAAGUUUGGACACACCUACUCAUUCAAGGUUUUCUGUAUUUUUACUAUUUUGUACAUUUGUACAAAACUAUGAAAUAACACAUAUGGAAUCACGUAGUAGCCAAAAAAGUGUUAAACAAGUCAAAAUAUAUUUUAUAUUCUUCAAAGUAGCCACCCUUUGCCUUGAUGACAGCUUUUGCACACUAUUGGCAUUCUCUCAACCAGAUUCAUGAGGAAUGCUUUUCCAACAGUCUUGAAGAAGUUCCCACAUAUGCUGAGCACUUGUUGGCUGCUUUUCCUUCACUCUGCGGUCCAACUCAUCCCAAACCAUCUCAAUUGGGUUGAGGUCGGGUGAUUGUGGAGGCCAGGUCAUCUGAUGCAGCACUCCAUCACUCUCCUUCUUGGUCAAAUAGCCCUUACACAGCCUGGAGGUGUGUUUUGGGUUAUUGUCCUGUUGAAAAACAAAUGAUAGUCCCACUAAGCGCAAACCAGAUGGGAUGGCGUAUCGCUGCAGAAUGCUGUGGUAGCCAUGCUGGUUAAGUGUGCCUUGAAUUCUAAAUCACAGACAGUCACUAGCAAAGCACCCCCACACCAUCACACCACCUGCUCCAUGCUUCAAGGUGGGAACCACACAUGCGGAGAUCAUCCGUUCACCUACUCUGCGUCUCACAAAGACACGGCUGUUGGAACCAAAAAUCUCAAAUUUGGACUCAUCAGACCAAAGGACAGAUUUCCAACGGUCUAAUGUCCAUUGCUCGUGUUUCUUGGCCCAAGCAAGUCUCUUCUUAUUAUUGGUGUCCUUUAGUAGUGGUUUCUUCGCAGCAAUUCCACCAUGAAGGCCUGAUUCAUGCAGUCUCCUCUGAACAGUUGAUGUUGAGAUGUGUCUGUUACUUGAACUCUGUGAAGCAUUUAUUUGGGCUGCAAUAUGAGGUGCAGUUAACUCUAAUAAACGUAUCCUCUGCAGCAGAGGUAACUCUGGGUCUUCCUUUCCUGUGGCGGUCCUCAUGAGAGCCAGUUUUAUCAUAGCGCUUGAUGGUUUUUGCGACUGCACUUGAAGAAACUUUCAAAGUUUUGGGUCAUUGUCCUGUUGAAAAACAAAUGAUAGUCUCACUAAGGACAAACCAGAUGGGAUGGCAUAUCGCUGCAGAAUGCUGUGGUAGCCAUGCUGGUUAAGUGUGCCUUGAAUUCUAAAUAAAUUACUGACAGUGUCACCAGCAAAGCAUCCCCACACCAUCACACCUCCUCCUCCAUGGUUCAAUUUUCUGUAUUGACUGACCUUCAUGUCUUAAAGUAAUGAUGGACUGUCGUUUCUCUUUGCUUAUUUGAGCUGUUCUUGCCAUAAUAUGGACUUGGUCUUUUACCAAAUAGGGCUAUCUUCUGUAUACCACCCCUACCUUGUCACAACACAACCGAAUGGCUCAAACGCAUUAAGAAGGAAAGAAAUUCCACAAAUUAACUUUUAACAAGGCACACCUGUUAAUUGAAAUGCAUUGCAGGUGACUACCUCAUGAAGCUGGUUGAGAGAAUGCCAAGAGUGUGCAAAGCCUACUUUGAAGAAUCUCAAAUUAUAAAAUAUAUUUUGAUUUGUUUAACACUUAUUUGGUUACUACAUGAUUCCAUAUGUGUUAUUUCAUAGUUUUGAUGUGUUCACUAUUAUUCUACAAUGUAGAAAAUAGUAAAAAAUUAAGAAAAACCCUUGAAUGAGUAGUUGUGUCCAAACUUUUGACUGGUACUGUAUAUAUUUUAUUUGUAUUAUCGAUACUUGGAGUCAUAGAAUCGAUAUAUUGUCAAAAACAUUAUGCGGAUACUCUACUGUAUCGAAUCCCCUCCCAUCACUACUAAUAUCCACAUCUCAUUAUUGGUUUCUCUUAUUUUAUCUUCAGAAGUCAAUUGCCACCACCCCAUCAGCUACAGUGAGUCAGCCUACCAUUACAUCUGUGCUAGAACUUGACACAAAGUACGACAACUCAAAAGAUGCCCAAAGGUUAUUCUGUGACUUUUGCUAAUAUCCAUUCUUUUUUUGCGAUGGUAUUGUUUUGGUUUUGAGUAUCGUGAUACUAAACCUGUUAUCGGUAUCGAAGUAUUCUGGUGUCGUGACAACACUACUUGUAAAUGUGGGUUGUGAUAGUUUGUUGGAUUGUUUUAUUAACUAGUCUUUUGUUGUUGCCUCAGGACCGCCAACUGAAGAUCAAAGACCUGGUCCUGUCCUCUCACGACCGUGCGGUCAGGAACUGCCCCUGGACCAUGGGCCUGUGGAAGAACUACCUGCUGGCCCUGGAGAGGCAUGGGGCUGACCACCACACUAUCUCAGGUAACCACUGGGUUAUUGGGGCAGCACUGAUAUCUGUCAUGCAUGUAGUGGAUGUAAACAGAGAUUUCAAGACAUUAAUUAAAUGUAUAUUUCAAUGAAAAUGGGUGAACUUGGAUGCAGGGGUUGUUUUGCCCAUAUCAUUCAUGGGUACUAAGACUGUGGAAUCCUUGGAAUUAUGAAGAUCAUCUCGUUUUCCCUCCACAGAUGUUUUUGAAAAGGCCCUGAAUGCUGGUUUCAUACAAGCCACAGAUUACGUGAAUAUCUGGGAAGCGUACCUCGAUUACCUGAGGAGGCGCGUCGAUUUCAGCAAAGGUGAAAGCACCUUAACAUUGGGUAAUGCAAAGUAACAUAAGUAAUAAGAUCUUAUUUGUGGUGUGGGGAAAGUCAAAUGUAUACAUGAAAGAAGUCCUCUAUUGAUAAUGGCGUUAUGUGUUUCCAGAGUCAAGCAGAGAGCUGGAGGAGCUGCGGGCAGCCUUCACCCGGUCUCUGGACUAUAUGAAACAGGAUGUGGAAGAGAGUAAGUGGACCUGCAGCCUGUGUACUGUUAAUCUCAGUCUUUGUGUGUUUGUGUUGGAGACUCACCAAUGUGUCUUGCUCCUUUUAAGGGUUUAGUGAAAGUGGAGACCCCUCCUGUACUAUCAUGCAGGUCUGGGCGAAGAUCGAGGUAAGGGUGAAGAUUAUGACAAACUUGUCUUGUGUUCACUUGCUUCUAUCAGUGCAGAUACAAGUCAGUGCAAAAACAGCAUCUAUACAAAUUUAAAAUGUGAUUUUUAUAACACCUUCUCUUUCCUCUCUGACCAGGCCCUGCAUUGUAAGAACAUGCAGAAGGCCAGAGAACUGUGGGACAGCAUCAUGACAAAAGGGAAUGCCAAAUUCGCCAACAUGUGGUUGGAGUACUAUAACCUGGAGAGGUCAGUGAAGUCACUCUUUAGUGGUCACCUAUAAACUGUUGAUUUAAAGGUUAGAGAUAUUGAUUUAUCAGUGACAAAUCUGAUGCUGAUUUUGUGUGUUAUGUUUUCUGAUGGGCUGACUCUUUGUAGGUCGUACGGAGACGCUCUCCACUGCAGGAAAGCACUCCACAGGGCCGUCCAGUGUACCUCCGACUACCCAGAGCAUGUGUGCGAGGUCCUGCUCAACUUUGAGAGGGUCGAGGGUAAGUCAACGUGAUGGAAAUGUCAUGAAUGAGGGGAUUCGAUUAAGUCUGGGUUGCACUGGGCUAUGGCCCGUCACGUGACCGCAAAGCCGGUGAGGGAGGUGCGAAUUUGCCGUAAUUUGUGCCUCUUGGUUAUGUUGUCAACAAGGCAGCAUGAUGCGUUGUUCAGAAACAGAUCUAUUUUCCAUAAAAUAUGUUAGAAUUUUCAAACUAGUUUUCAUUGGAAAGGCAGAAAGCGUGUUUAUCAAAACAAUCACUUUAGCAUGUGAAAACACAGAAUCCUACUCAUUACUCCACGUGCUUAACUUGUGUCACUUUUGUUUUGAGCCGACUUCGCUGUCGGACAUAGCGGGGCACCCUGGUCAGGCCCGGGAGGCAGCCUGGUUCCAAAAUGAAUGCAAUCACUUUUCACUGGUGCAAACUCCGACCAACUGGGCACCCGGGCCAGCUUAAUCGAAUCCCCUCAAUAAGUGGACAGGUAUCUGGAGUGUCAGUUGAUGGGAUGGAUUGGCUGAUUUGUUGAAAACAUAACACUGUAUUGGUAAAUCUUAGUCUGAGAGUAAGGUGAGUGUUUCAUUGCAGUUUGUUCUGUGUCACCUCCAGGUUCUCUGGAGGACUGGGAUGCAGCGGUGCAGAAGACUGAGACACGGCUGAACAGAGUCAACGAGCAGAGGGCCAAGGUAGGACACACCCGAGUCAAUACUUUGUAGAAGCACCUUUGGCAGCGAUUACAGCUGUGAGUCUUUGGGUAAGUCUCUUAAGAGCUUUCCGCACCUUGAUUGAUUGUGCAACAUUUGCCCAUUAUUCUUUUCAAAAUUCUUUAAGCUCUGUCAAAUUGGUUGUUGAUAAUUGCUAGACAACCAUUUUCAGGUCUUGCCAUAGAUUUUCAAGUAGAUUGAAGUCGAAACUAACUUGGCCACAUUCACUGUCUUCUUGGUAAGCAACACCAGUGUAGAUUUGGCCUUGUGUUUUAGGUUAUUGACCUGCUGAAAGGUGAAUUCAUCUCCCAGUGUAAAGGUGGAAAGCAGACUGAACCAGGUUUUCCUCUAGGAUUUUGCCUGUGCAUAACUUCAUUCCGUUUGUUUUUUAUCCUGAAAACUCCCCAGUCCUUAACGAUUACAAGCAUACCCAUAACAUGAUGCAGCCACCACUAUACUUGAAAAUAUGGAGAGUGGCACUCAGUAAUGUGUUGUAUUGGAUUUGCCCCAAACAUAACACUUUGUAUUCAGGACAAAAAGUUAAUUGCGUUGCCACUUUUUUUGUGCCUUGUUGCAAACAGGAUGUUUUAUUAUGUACAGGCAUCCUUUUCACUCUGUCAAUUAAGUUAGUAUUGUGGAGUAGCUGCAAUGGUGUUGAUCCAUCCUCAGUUUCUUUUCUACUAUCACAGCCGUUAAACUCUGUAACUGUUUUAAAGUAACCAUUGGCCUCAGUGAAAUCCCUCAGCAGUUUCCUUCCUCUCCGGCAACUGAGUUAGGAAGGACGCCUGUAUCUUCGUAGUGACUGGGUGUAUUGAUACACCAUCCAAAGUGUAAUUAAUGACUUCACCAUGCUCAAAGGGAUAUUCAAUGUCUGCUUUAAUUUAUUUUUUUACCCAUCUACCAAUAGGUGCCCUUCUUUGUGAGGUAUUGGAAAACCUCCCUGGUCUUUGUGGUUGAAUCUGUGUUUAAAAUUCACUGCUCGACUGAAGGACCUUAUCGAUAAUUAAUUAUAUGUGCGGGGUACAGAGAUAAGGUAGUCAUUCAGAAAUCAUGUUAAACACUAUUAUUGCACUCAGUGAUUCCAUGCAACUUAAUGUGACUUGUUAAGCACAUUUUUACUCCUGAACUGAUUUAGGCUUGCCGUAUGAGGUUGAAUACUUAACUCUUUUCCGUUUUUCAUUUUUUAUAUUUGUAAACAUUUCGAAAAGCAUAAUUUCACUUUGACAUUAUGGGGCAUUGUGUGUAGGCCAGUGACGACAUCUCAAUUUAAUCCAUUUUAAAUUCAGGCUGUAACACAAAUGUGGAAAAAGUAAUGGUGUGUGAAUACUUUCUGAAGGCACUGUAGUAGGAAGUUGAUAAUACUGGGCAGCAGAGGAAGGAUGAGUUGGGUUGUAGGGGGAAAUGUAGUAUUAUCUAUUUCUACAUUGGCGAGCAACAGAUUUUAAUGACAGAAUUGAAAGGAAAACAAAAGUUUUGCUUGUGCAGCUGUUUCUUUGCUGUCAGGUUCAUAACGUCAUCCUUGUCCCUCUCAGGUGACAGAGAAAGAAGCCCAUCUGGCACUACAUGAGGAGGAGAAGACUGAACAGCGGCGGAGGGCCAAGGCAGACAAGAAGAACCAGAAGAAGGGCCAGAAAGGCAGCAGGCCUGGGGAGAAGAGGAAGGCAGAGGACAAGGAUUACGAGGAUGAGUGGGGGGAGGAAUCGGGUAAGGAGAGGCAUGAAGAUCAUACAUUUAUUUAACAUAGGAAUAUUAUUGCUUGGUGUCCGCUUAUGCUAAUAAAGUGGCAUGUAUAGAAGUCAUCCUGUGUGUUUGCUAAAGCUUUGUCACCUCUCUCUGCGACAGAGCAACCUCCAAAGAGGCACAGAGGGGAGGGCGACCAAGGCUUCAGGGAGGGAGGCGGCGGUACUGAGGUGUUCAUGGAGACAGAGAGUGGACUGUUUGGGAGGAGAGCUCCCCCUGGCCGCAGACAGGAACGCCCUGGUGCUAAGAGGGGCCAGCAGGUGGCACCAGCCACCAUAUGGAAGACCCAGGAAGAUGACCCCGAGCAACGCAAAGACGACUGCAGUGUGUUUAUCAGUAACCUGGCCUUCACCAUGGAGGAUCCAGAGAAGAGGCUGAAGGAGUUGUUUGAGCCCUGCGGUCCUGUCCAGUCAGUGCGCCCCGUCUAUGCUGCCAAGGGCUUCAGAGGGUACUGCUACGUACAGUUUGAGGGCAAGGCGUCCGUGCUCGAGGCCCUGAAGAUGGACCGGCAAGAGGUGGACGGCAGGCCCAUGUUCGUAUCACCCUGUGUGGAUAAAAACAAGAACCCUGAUUUUAAGGUAAGAGACCCGCGUGUUAGUUUGUAUUUAGGGUUGGAUGAAUGGAAUGGUGGUUUACCAAGCGGCUACUGAGUAACUUUUAAUUAAAUCUUCCUUUAGGUGUUUAAGUACAACACAAACCUGGAGAAACACAAGAUAUUUAUCUCGGGCCUGCCCUUUUCCUGCACCAAGGAGCAGCUAGAGGAGCUGUGCAAGGAUCAUGGCACCAUUAAAGACAUCCGCCUGGUCACCAACCGCUCAGGCAAACCCAAGGUGAGGCAUAAUGCUGGGAGGUAGGGUUAUGCGUUUCUCUAUCCAGAUGUUAGGUUAAGAAUAGUAAUUUGCUCUUGAGUCUUAUAUUUGUUGUAAUGUGAAUGAAAUGUCCAUCUUUGUAAACAUCCAAACUAGGGGUGUGAACAUUUAAUUAAUUAGGAUCCUUAACAUUAAGAACAUUUUUUCUUUUUUUUUCUUUAUGUAGAUGCAGAAAGUAAACAGCAUAGUAGGUCAAUUUCCACAACAACUGAGAGCGUUGAAGCGCAAGGCUCAACUUCUCAGCUGUUUUGGUGCAUUGGCUACCACCCGGUGAACAGCGUGACGUGAACCUGUGCACAUGCGCAGAUACUGUGUGUGACUGCGUGAGAGCAAAAUGUUGCAUCUCGCUCAUCUCAAUAUUCUAACAUAUUCAUUGAUGAUAUGCCCUGCUUUACUGAAGUUGUGAGACAUUGCAAGCCAAGAAAUUGUGAGAUGCAGCAUUCCAUUGCGAGAUACAGCUUUUGAUAGCUGAUAGAUAGGCCUAGUGCACAGUUUUGACUCUGUCUGCCUGGUGCCCCUCCCCUCUCUCUCCGUCCCUCGCUAUGAAAGAUGCAAGUGUUUGUAUUCUUGGAAGUACGGCAACAAAUCGGUCUCCUCCGUUCCAAAAAUACUGAAUCUUAGGAGUUGAUUUCUAGCGGAAUCUAAUCUUGACACUCAGAAAUGGGAGUUGACGUGUAAGGAGUCAAUUAUUUUGGAGUUGACUCUCCACCACUACGUCAUCGUUGUUAAGUUGGAUAAAUGGCAGAGAAAGGCAAGCGACAGCAGCAAAGUUUUGUAUGGCAAUACUUUGAGAAAUUAAAUGAAAAUAAAAUACAGGUACAGGUGCAAUGCUUAACCAUCUGAAAGGGACGCACCGUGAGACACAAACCAUUGCAUGGCGGCAGCACAGCUGCAUUGUGAAUUUACGUGGAAUUUUAUGAAUGGUUAUCGUUUUAAUGGAAAACGAUUAAGAAAUAAAUAAUAAUAAUAAUUAAACUUUUAAGAAAUAUUGUCUAUUUGUCACAUCCCUAAUCCAAACAGAUCAUUUGAAUCACAAAUGUAAAAGCUCCAUUGACACAUUUGGUAAUUAGAUUUGCUGGUCUAAUGGCUGCUGUGUGGUGUCUGCAGGGUCUGGCGUACGUGGAGUUUGGGGAUGAGGCUCUGGCCUCCCAGGCCGUGCUGAAGUUGGAUGGCACAGUACUACAGGAACACACACUCUCUGUUGCCAUUAGCAACCCGCCUCGCAGAAACACUGCCGACAAGCCUGGCUUCAGCAGACCCAUGGGAGCCAUGAUGCCCCGGUCUAUGGUCUAUGGAUCGUAAGUUGCCCAACGAUUGAGCAAUAAUGUAUUCUUCACACACUGGCACCUAAAACAAUUAAUAGUCAAAGAUGUUGCCCUUAAGAUGGUACUCAUUCCUAUCAGUCCAUUUAGCCAUGUUUUGAAUAAGCUAUACUCACCCACUAAAGAGAUGUAUAAUAUAGAUGUGAACCAGUAAAACUUGAAUUUGAGAAGUCUGAUUCCUUUGGUUUUGUUUUUCAGAAGGGGUAAAGGGCGCACCCAGCUCUCACUACUCCCUCGUUCACUACAUCGGCAGACUGGAUCAGAAAGUAAAGCAGAGAAUGGGACUGCACCUAAACCCACAGGGGGCACAUCUGGAGACGCUGGAUUUGAAGCACAAGCCAAGCCCUUGUCUAAUUCAGACUUUGCCAAAAUGCUUUUCAAAAAGUGAAAACAAUAAAAAGAACUGCCUUUGUAUGGAAAGCCAUCUUGUGUCCUGGAGGAGAAGAGAUGGCAGAUAUUGUGCUGUAAUUUGACUCCCCUUUAAUCCACACCAAUGGCCCCCAUCCUCCUUGUCACUUUCUGUAAGAAAAUCUCCCUGGCUCAACUGGCCCCAGACCCCAUAUUACCACAUCAUUUUGAACAAUAAUUGAUUGAUAUUCCUUUUGAACUAGUGUGAGAGAAUGCCUAUUUUAAUUACCAAUUUCAGUUUGUUUUUAUUUGGAAAGGUGUUUUAUAAAGACAUGUAUCAUAUACAUAUAUGUGUGUGUGUAAAUGUAAAUAAUACCUUAUCGCUCGGUGUGUUCUUUUGUUUUGGAUAGGGAUAUAUAGAUUUUUUUUUUUACAGCCCAGCUUGUGAAUCGUGUUUCUUGUUGUUUUAAAAGGUAUAUGUGAGAGCUUGACAUUGAGAUAUAUGUAUGACAACAAUGAAAUAUAUUUUUCCGGUAUGUAAAGGCAACUUAAGGUGUCAACAUACCACUCAUCUUUUGUUUGCCCUACAGGGCAGCUAACAUGCAACGAUAUUUGUUCCCAUGCAGUGAUUGACUAAUGCUUCGCUUUACAGAAUAUUACCUAAAACUGCAGUUGUACAAAUAAUUUAUUUGCAGAUGUACUGCCCAGAACUCAUUCCUCACCUGUUCUGUGCUCACAUUUAGACUGUAGUUUUAAGUCUUUGUCCAUAAAAACUAAAAAAAAUACAUGAUCCUUUAUAUUGUUAUUAAUCCCUUACUGAGACUUCUUAUUGAUGACACUGUAAUUUAAGGUUGUCUGUGACUGCAUGUCAUUUUUUUUUUGCCUAUCAUGUUUAGGCUGUCUUACCUGAAAGGAUCGAAGGGAUUGUUGUUGUUUACUGUCAUAUUUUCCCAAUUUACUUCCAGGUAACCUUUUGACUGGAUUGCUCAUUCCUGGCUAAGGUAUUGAAUAAGCUAUCUGUGUAAGCAAUGAGGUGGGUGGGGAAUGAAGAACUGAGUUUGGAGAAGCACUAAAGGGCCUUGGCUUUUGUCAUCUCAGAAUUCUAACCAGUCCUGUCCACAAGUGAAUCAACCAUUUUUGGGAGAAAGAAAAUCUAUGCAGCCCUCAAUGUCCACAAUAUAAGUUCAAUAAAUUAUGACAUCAUGGGGAAUGUAAAGGUUUGAACUAAAUUCCUAAAAGUCUCCUUUGCCUUUCAAAUUAAUGUCGUCAUUAAGAAUUCAGUUUCGACCAGUAAUCCUGUUUGGAUGAGUGGGGAACGUCAAAUGUGUUUUCAGUAUUCACACACCCAGAGUGAUUGGCCAUAGUUUUGUAUGUUUGAGAAUUAUGAGUUAUCUAUCAACGUUCUAUCACCACAGUGGCCUAAUCUAGUUAGAGACUACAAAUGUUUGAGCUUUAGAAGUUGCGUUCUGUUUGUCCAAUAUAUGGUGUAUGCACAUUGUGUGAUAACUUUAAAAUCAUGUCAUGGUGUUUUAAUUUUUAUAUUACGAGAACGCAGAUGUAAACUAGAAAUAGCUUUUUUUCUUUACAAAAUGGUCAAUGCAACCCUCUGAGGAGAUUGAACUUGGUCUACUUUUGUUCAGUGAUUC